CUGCGGCCAGGUGGUGCACGAAACGAGAGGGAAAAGUAUCCCGACCGAGCGAGGAAGAGAAUAAUUAUCGCAAAUCACAAAUGUGGAGGAAUGGGAAGAUCAAAUAGCUGCGAAUAUUUGAAUUAAUCGAGUCUGGUGGUAUCGAAACAGUUAGAUUCCGGUAAUGUCUGAAGACAAAAAGGCAAUUAAACCAGAAAGUGAACAGAUAAAUUUGAAAGUAGUGGGACAGGACGGAAGUGUAGUUCACUUUAAAAUCAAGAAGCAUACACCACUUCGAAAAUUAAUGAGUACAUACUGUGACCGUGCGGGACUGAACGUGCAAAACGUGAGAUUCCGCUUUGACGGACAACCGAUCAGCGAAACCGACACGCCGGCAGGUCUGGAAAUGGAAGACGAGGACACAAUAGAUGUUUUUCAGCAGCAGACUGGAGGUCACACAUACGAUCAUUUAGGAAGAAGAUAAUUCGUCUCUGGAAACAAUCUUCCAUUUACACGAUUUUAAAAUUCUGCGUAACUUAAAAAAAAAAAAAAAAAAGAAAAAACGUUUUUGUUUAGCAUUGUGGUUUCCUCUUAGUUGUCGAGUGUGUUUUACAUUAAUUUGAGUACUGUUGUAAGUUUUAGAAAUGACGUAUAAAAUGUUUAAUGAACAAAGAUUGUCAACAGAAUUCAUUGAAAAAUGUGUGAGUACGUAAUGUUUUAAUAAACUGAAAUUCAAGUAAA